AUGAAAAUCAUAGUGCCCAGCAUGGUGGUAAGUGUGGGGUUAAGUCUGAUGAUGGUGGUUUCAGGAGCAGAUAGAGAUAAAUUCUUGUUUCCCAGUCUGCCUGGUAUAAGAAUUAACAGUUGGAUCACCUAUAUUUCGUAAAAGUAGUGAAGCACUGUGAUCUCCUUGGUCAAUGAGUACAAGGUUGUAACAAGGAUAUCAUAUCUUUUUUUUUGCUUCGUAAUUUCCAGAGCCCUGUUCGUUUUUUUAACUUGAGCGUAUAUUCCAUUCUUUCAUCCCAUAGUGCUGAUAUAAAGUGUAUGUUUAGGUUGUAAUUAAAUGGCUAAAUUUAUGUAAUCAAUUAAACAUGUAUGGUAUUAUAUGGGAUCAUGGCUCACAGUCAACUAUCAGGGUUAAUUAACUAAACUGGAAAUUGCUGAAUACUGACAGAGGAGCAGAAAUAGAUAUUCAGAUUGGCUAUUUUCAUCUAAAUUAUAUUUUUUCUAAUGUGUCGCAGUUCCUGUGAGUUUGGCAAAUUGCUGCCAAAUGUAAGGGAUUAGUUCCAGUUUAAAGGCCGCUUGAAGUGUAAGUGUGAAUAUAGAACACUAUUCUAGAAUCUGAGAGUGAUCGACUGUAUAUACCGUAUUUACCUCUGCUGCAUCUUUUCUAUAAGCAACAACCAGAAAAAACAAUAAAAGUCAAAAUACAAUGAUUGCUCCUCUCUAAAAUGGUAUUAUCUAUCAGAAUAAUGGGAUAUGGUCUAACUUUACACUCUCAAUGUCUUUGCAGGAUGGGAAGUUGGGAAGCAAUCACAUGGCCAAGACUCUAAUGGCCAGAAGUAAGGUUAGUAUUUUAUCAAUAUCAAAUGCCUUGUCAAACCAUCUGUAGUAAUAUACUGGGGGAGUAUCAAAACAAUAUAAAAAUGUCCAGGGAGUCUGAAACAUCAAAUUCCGUUGAAGUGGACAAGUGUUGCCCAGAUCUCAAGCUGACUUUAAUAUUUACAAAGAAAAUGUAACUACAUGAAAUAAUAGCACACUUACUGUUAUAAAAGGUAUAAAAGGGUGGACAUGUACAUCUUAAAGGACCACUCCCCACCCAGGGCCAGAUCUUCAUGUCAGGUGCAGGAAGGCACAAAAUUCUAAGGCGACCCCUGCACGCAAACCAAAAAUAAGGCAUAUGAAGUAAAUAUAAUUAAUUUAAUACCUAGAUAUUUCAGGCCCCAAAAACUUUCUAUGGCGAAAAUUCCUCAUGUCUUCAUGCAGAGCAGUUACUGGACCAAAGGUCCGUUUGGAUCCAGGAAGUGCCUCCAGUGGCUGUCUGAUAGACAGCCAUGAGGUCAGACUUAGAGCUGCAAUGUAAACAUUGCAGUUUCUCUGGAACUGCAAUGUUUAACAUUACAGCCCCAAGUGCAAUAGGGACACUGCAUUUAGUGAGCUGAAGUGGUCUGGGUGCCUAUAGUGUCCCUUUAAAGCUUUGAUUGCUGGAGUUUGAGAGGUUAUUUGUGAAGUACUCUCCCUCCUAGUAUUCUGUAGUUCAGUCAGACUGACGAUACUAGAGCUGCAGGAGUUGAUACAUAUAUAUAUAUAUACAUACAUAUAUGUGAUCCCUUCCACUUCCUGUCCAGCCUCACACAGAGACACUUGAGAUGCUGGGACAGCACUGAGUUUCACAGAGUCUAUAACUUUUCCUGUAGCUCUGCUGUCAAGGCUGAAUGGUCUACAUGGGACAGUGGCCAAGGCUCCUGGUACUUAUCUCUCCCCACUAGCCUAUUUAAGCCCCAAAAGGCACAUUUUAAUUGCUCAAAACAGGUGCCCCCUAGUGGUCAGGUGCCCACUCGUCUUAAUGGGAAAUACAGCCCUAUCCACAUCUAUAAAGCACUUUUUAAAAAGCUUCUGAUUUCUGCUAAAUAGAGCUCCUGCCUUUUCCUACAGCAGUCUGUGCGUACAUUUGAGUAUGUUGUGAUCUUACCUAUCCAACUGGCUCCUGCUUUCUCCUCCCUGGCCACAGCUACCUCUACCCCACCACUAUCCCCACUACAUGCACACACUUGUAGAGUAAAAUCUGAGGCUUGAAGGGCCUGAAAGUCAAAGUCCCAUUUUUUCCUGGACAGUCCCAUGUUUUGGACUCCUGUCCCAGCAAAAAACAAAUCCCAGGAGCUGACCCGCAUAGCUAGUAACUAUACUGAGCUGUUCCUCCCUCCGGCCACAUAGUGGCACUCUGCGAAAGGAAGUAAUUACACACAGAGUGCAGCUCACAGGGAGAGAGAGGAGGGUCACCUUGCUGUGAAUCACUCACCAACUAUAAUUAAUGCAUUUCUAGUACAGUAUAUGAUUUUUUUUUCUACUGGGAAUUAAAGAAACACUAUAGGGUCAGGAACACAAACAUGAAUUCAUGACCCUAUAGUGCUUAAACCACUAUCUAGCUCCUCCUGUCCCCUCCCUCCCCACGCCUCUCUAAAUUGAGUAAAAUCUUACUUGUAUUCAUACAGAUAUUCAGAUUGGAAACUGGUAUUUCAGUUCAAUCAGAAUUGAGUUAGAAUUUGACUGGUCACUGAUCAGAGCAUGCACAGAUAAGAACAAAUGGAUAGUUGUGUUGUUAAUGCUAGCAAGAGAUACGUUUCUUAUAUUUCAAACACAAAUUUCAAGUUUAUUUCAAGUUUGUAAAGCGGAACAGUCGCCAUCUGGGGUCUUUGAAUAAUUUUCAAAGAUCCGUGAUGGUGAUUGUCGCUGGGGGUCCUCUGGCCAAAGAGGAAGGCUAAGUUGAUUUGAAAUAACAUUUCCUUUAAGGCUAGAAUAGAUGCUUUUAGUCUACUUUGAUGGGAGAGGGCAAAGGGGUUGAGCCAGUGGCAUCCCAAAGGGAUGGACUUGAAGAUCAUGACUGUUGCACCUAAAUUGGAAUGGUAGGGAGGCUUCGGAAGAGGAGACUAUUGUCAUGGACAAUCAGACGGGGGGGUGGGGUGGUGAGGGCAGAGCAACAGAAAGAGAGGGCUCAAAGCUGGAUAAAAAGGUAAGUAAUAUUUACUUUUAGGUUUGGUGUGAAUGCCUGGCACUGACAGGGUAGAAGAAACACUCCAAAUGUUAAAAUUGAAUAUCUUUAACACUGAUUGAUGAUACCUACAAGUAUUCCAUCUCUUAUAUUUAAUUUUCUAACCUCACGGUGUGUGUAACCAAGCUUUAUUGCUAUAUUUUCAGUAUGUUUAUAAACUAUUUCUUUUUUUUUUCUUUUUAGAGAUUCAUCAGAAAAUGUAAAAGUAAAAGAUUGUCACAAGUCACCACAAAAGAAUCACUAGCAUACACUACAAAAACUAAAAUCUUGCAUUACUGUAAUUGUCUAUUAAAUAUAUAUUUAAUUUAA